CCGCAGCCGCCCGCGGCCGGAGCGAGAUCUCCGCGCCUCGCGAUACCCGCCCGCCGCGCUGCCCCGCGGAGCGGUUGCUGGGAUACUGCUGCGGCGCCCGCCGAGGUUUGCGGGCUGCCUGCGAGUCAGAGAGAGAAGUUCCAAAAGGAACAAGUAUGGCCAGCAGUCACAGACCUCCAAUAGCUCGUCCUUCUUCGAGAGCAGGAAUAGGGCUCACCACAAGGCCUACGUCUUCAUCAAGGACUUCUUCAGCGACCAGAAUAGGAACAGGGAUGCUUCCUAGUACAUCAAGACCUGGUUCUCGUGGUGGUUCUUCAACUUCUGGAGGAGUCUUGUCAUCUCAAAUUAAAGUUGCAGACCGUCCAGUGACUCAGCAGGGACUAAGUGGAAUGAAAACUGCAGUGAAAGGUCCUCAGAGGCAGAUAAUGGAUAAAACCUAUUACCUGGGAUUACUGAGAAGCAAAACAAAUGAACUUACCACAGAAAUUAAUAAGCUGCAGGAGGAAGCAGAGAUGUACAAGCAAGAGAAAUCAGUCUAUUUGUCAUACGAAAAAAGGGCAGAGGCUUUAGCUGGUGAAAUCAAAGAAUAUCAAGGCCAGCUAGCAGACUACAACAUGGUUGUGGAUAUACUUAACACCAGUACAGACAUAGCAGAAGUGAUUCGAGAUUACAAUGUGUUAAAGGUUCAGAAUGACAGAGAUGCUCAGAGUGUGGAUAAAAUUUUCACAGAGAGACAAGGCACAGAAAAGUUAAUACAAGCUGUAGAAGAAGAUAUUGAACGUGAAAAGGUGGUAGCAGAUGACAUUGUAAAAGACAUGCCGCAGGCAGAUCAAUCUAAGUAUAUGGAGAUGAAGGCUGCAAAUGAAAAACUCUCUCAGGAGCUAAUGGUUCAACAGCAGGAACUGGAUGCUCUAAAUGUAAAAGAGGAGGCUCUCAGAGCGGAAAUAGCACACUCCCAUGUGAAACAGGAGGCUGUGCAGCUGUAUGAAAAGCUCCAUGAGCUCGAGGAACGUCGAAAUCAAAUGAUUGCUGAGGAUAAGAACAUGGAAUCUCCACAGGAGGAAAGAGAGAGAUUACUAAAGCAGGUUAAAGAUGAUAGUCAAGAGAUAGCAAGCAUGGAAAGACAGCUGGCAGAAGUGAAAGAAAAAAUAAACCAUUUUAAAAAGGUCAUUCAACGACUUGAUAUGGAUCUGGAGAAUCAUCAAGGAGAGGAAAAUUGGAAAUACAAGGAGCUGAAGAAGAGGGAAGAAAGCAUGGACAAUUUUCUUGAGACUUUUGAAGAUGUGAAGAAUCAGGAAUUGGAACGAAAGGCCCAAAUAGAAGCCAACAUUGUUGCACUCCUAGAGCACUCCAGCAGGAAUGUGAAUCGUAUGAAACAAAUUUCAUCUGUUACCAAUCAAGAGCUGAAGAUUAUGCAGGAAGACCUCACUUUCAAAUCAAAUGAAAUGCAGAAAUCGCAGAGCACUGCUAAGAAUCUGGUUACAGAGAGUCAAAAACUGCAGAUGGACCUACAGAAGAUGGAACUCUUAGAGGGCAAGAUGGUUGAUGAACUGACUUCUCUUAAAGAGAAAAUUGAACAAACAAAAAUGGAUCUGGAGGUCUAUAAUAAUUUGCCUGCUCUGAAGGCGUCAGGAGAGGAGAAGAAAAAGAGACUCCAAGAAGACAAAGAAAAAUUAACAAAACAUAGCCAUGCUUUCAAGAAAAUAAUGGAACACUUGAAUACAGAGUACGAGACACUGAAGAGAGAGCUGCAAGAGAAUGAAACACAUGCUCAGCUCACAAAUUUGGAGAGGAAGUGGCAGCACCAUGAGCAAAAUAACUUUAUGAUGAAGGAAUUCAUAGCAACAAAAAGUCAGGAGAGUGACUACCAGCCAAUAAUGAAGAACGUGAGAAAGCUGGUCACAGAAUACAACAAAGCUCUCAUAGAAGCUCUACAGAACACCAAGAACUGAACCCGGGCACUUCCUUCCCACCCCAGUGGACCAACAAUGAGAGAUGUGCACAGGCAGCAUGGAAAGCUAGGCUACUGAGCUCAUUCUCUCACCCCUACAGAUACUCUUAGCAAUAUAUUUCCAAGUUUUUAGAACUUAGGGAUUUUAAUACUAUCCUUCAUUUUGCAACACUGAAAUAUUUCACACUUACACCUCUGAAUUGUUGAAACUUGUAGAAAUAAAAAGGAAAUACUGAUAAUGACUGUAAAAUCUUUAGAACGCUUCAGUGAGGCCCAUUGCUGGGCUGCAUCUCAAAUCUGAAACUUCACUCUGCAUUACCCAAUGAAUCUCUUAAUUGUCUGGUGGUCUUAAUCCGUGCCAAAGAGAAAAGAAAUUUUCCCUGAAUAAGAGCUUGCCUUGCAGGCUGUCAUACAUGUUAUUUUAAAUGGCAUGUAUAGCAAGAUAAGUGCUACAGUCAGCAUACCAUUCCUAUUUAAAAUGCCAUUUAUAACAAGUAAAGAAAACAUCUAAAGAUGACAAGCAUCCUUGUAAGUCAAAAUCACUUCACAAUAUGAAGUCUGACCAAAAAGGCAAAUGAACUAUGGAUCUGUCAGCAAGUAACUCGUGUCCCAGUGGAGAACUGAUUAACUUCCUUGGUUUCUAUUUUUUUAAUGUAACUUUAAGGAGAGAACUGGGCUAGAAAGUAGUGAAACAGCCAAUGCUGACCUUGUACAGAGCAUUUAAUUUCUGUAGCAUUCACCAGUAAAGGAAAUAACAAGGAAAACCAAUUGUAUUUUUUCUCAGAUUUCAUGCUGCAAUGUUAUAUGCCACCUCUGUUUUGACAGAAAUGCAUAGAAGGAGAUUCAACUUAGAACAAAAACAGGACUGAUGCAGAAAGAACACUGUGCUUUAUGACACAGAAAUCUCAGAAAAUGUCUACAUAAAACAAAAUUUCCAUGUAUGUAUUUCCCAUUGUAUUCUACAUUUGAUGUAAUUAUAAGCUACCUAUUGAUAAUUUCCUCCAACUGGUAUGUUGUAAGCUAGUUCUGAUCAUGAGGGGAAAGCACAGUUGACUACAGACAGCAAUUUUAGCCAGACAGUAAUCUGUCCUUAAAGUAAUAAUAAUAAAUAAAACAGUCAGGUCUGGAUUUAUAGUUGUUCUGGAAGGUCUUCCUAAAAAUAAGUAGAAUGUAUGCUUCAUGUUAUAGAACUGAGGUAGACAACCAGAAAAUGUGCUGAGUCUGUUGAAGUAGAAGUUCUCUGGUUUUGCCACUAAGUUUGUCCAAAUCUGCAAUUGUCAUUUUGAGUAUUAAGAGGUAUGUAAAUGAAGAAAUUCUUGCAGAGAGCACUGUGUUUCCAAAUUCAGCACAGCAGAUGCUGUUGCUCUGUGUAUUUAUGUCUAUGUAAUAUUGAGAGAUAAUGGAACAGGAUUUCUAUAAACCAAGGACUGUUAUCUAGGGGAAAUUCCCACUAAUGUCUCUUCCUUCCUGUCGAGGUUUCAGCUAUUGCAGAGAGAGACCAUUAUUUGCUGAGAUAAAGGUGAAGUCUGAUAUUCUCAGCAAUGAAAUUGUCAGCCAGAGAGAUCGCCUCCUGAAUUCCACUUGUGCUACAAUAACAUGUUUUAAUGAGCAGUGGAAAAAAGUUGCAGACUGGAAAACAGGCUGCUUUAAAUUUGCUCCUACUCCAAGCAGGGGAUGAUUGUAUUCAAUGGUAGUGAUUCUGGAAGGUAGCAUGGUGAAGUUGGCAGGCUUUGGAUGUGUUCCCCAGGAGAUGCUGGUCAUAAAAGCCCUCUCUUCAGCUUACUGCUCUUCUUUGUCUGUUGAAGAAGCUACAGAUCGCUUGUUUAUAUCAGAGAAUCUUGGCAGUCAUUCCUUCUUGUAACAGCUUAUGCUUAUGGUCCCAGAUCAUGGUUAAUAGGACUCAUGGAUGAAAAUGUCUGUGUGGCUCCUAAGUGGUGAGGUGUUCAACAGGCAUUUAAUCUUCCUCUAGAAGAUAUUAAUAACUCAUUCCCAGUAGUGACCUGAGUAAAUUGUGUUCAUACCUGGCUCCUCAAGUUUUAGUGAAAAUAACCUUUCCUUUAACUUUUUGUUUGUCUGUGUUAAUACAACUUUUUGUUUGUCUGUGUUAAUCUUGUAUCUUUUUGUUUGUCUGUGUCCAACUUUAAGUAGCAGACACAUGGCGUUUUGUCACCAAAAUUCCUCUGUGUGUAUGUCAGGGCACUAACUCAGUAGCACAGGGCUCUCUACCCAGUCACUGUUCUAUCAUUUUUAUGCUUCUACUUCAAAUGAGAGGACAUUCAUUCAGUAGCAGCAUCUACGAGAUGGAGAAACUUUAAAACUUUUUUGCUCACCUGUCUUAUCAGGGCUGAGUAUAGGUAAAGGUCACCUCCCUCAGUCUGAUGAAAAUGCUGUGCCUGACACACCCUAGCAUACUGUUGUUCUGUCUUGGUUAGCUUGCAGUCCACCGGAAAGGUGCCCAGGGUGCUUCUCAGCAAAGCUACCUUCCAGCCACUCAGCCCUGGCACAUGUGAUUGUCUGACUUGUUCCUCCUCAGGGGCACAAAUGUGCAUUUACCUUGUUGAAAUUCAUGACACUGCUGUCUGCCUAUUUCCUCAGGCUGUUGAGCUUCCUUUGAAGAGCAGCAUGUCCAUCAGAUGUUCUUCUCCCAAUAGUAUCAUCUGCAGACUUGUUGACCCAUCAUCCAGAUCAUUAAUGGAAAAACUAAAUGGUAUUAGCACAAGAAUCCACUCCUGGGGUACACCCCAGUUGAUUGGCCUCUGGCUAGACCUUGGGCCACCAAUUGCACCAUGAACCCUAAUCCAGUUUUCAGUCCACCUUGCAAUCCACCUACCUAAGCCAUACUUCAUCAUGGUGUCUGUGAGGAUUUUAUGGGAAGCCAUGUAAAACACCUUGCUAAUCUCAAGUUAAACAACACCCAUGUUUCUCUCCCUGCUCACUUGAGUGGACUCCUUGUGGAAUCUUCUCAGAUUGGUUAAGCAUAAAUUCCCCUUCAUAAAUCCAUGCUCUAUGCUCACCAUCACUUUUCCAUCAUUUAUGUGUCUGGAAGUGGUGUCCAGCAUAAAUAAUGUCCUGUAGCCUCUUGAGUCACUCUUCAUUGUAUCAGAAAUGCUGUGUCCAGCAGGAGUAGGGAGGUGACUGUACUCUGCUCUGGUGAGGCCACACCUCAAGUAUUGUGUUCAGUUUUAGGCACCCCAAGAGGGAUGUGGAGGUAAUGAAGCAAAUGCAGAGGAGGGCAACAAAGCUGGGGAAGGGCUGGAGAAUAAAUCUUAUGAGGAGCAACUGAGGGAGCUGAGGUUGUUUAGUUUGAGGAAGAGGAAGCUGAGAGUAGAUCUCAUAGCUGUCUAUAGCUACCUGAAAGGAUAUCAUGGAGAGGUUGGUGCUGGUCUCUUCUCACAAGUAAUUAGUGAUAGAACAAGAGGGAAUGGCCUCAAGCUGUAACUGGGUAGGUUUAGACUGAGCAUUAGGAAAAGUGUUUUCUCAGCAAGAGUGGUCAGGCAUUGAAAUGGACUGCCAAGGGAGGUGGUUGAGUCACCAACCCUGGAUGUGUUUAGAAGUCAUUUGGAUGUGAUGCUUGAGGAUAUGGUUUAGGGUGAAUGUUACAGGACUUGGUGAUCCUGAGGAUCUUUUCCAAGUAGAAUGACUCUCUGAUUCCUGUUCUCCAUGAACAUAAGUUUGACAUUUUCUUUGAGUCUGCAGAAGCCUUUCUGUGUCACCAUGGAAAAAAAAAAAAGAUAAUCAAGAAUGGUCUUGCAGUACCAUAUACCAGCUCCAGCAAAUGUAGAAGCAUCCCAACAAGCCUUAUGGAUUUAGGUAUGUCCAGUGUGUUUUAAAGUUCCCUAGCCUCAUCCUCCAACAGAAGGAUGCCACUCAGGCAUUAGAAUAACAGGUUUUACAGGGUUUGUCACUCCACAUCCCACUUGACUCUCAUACUGUGUGUAAAUAAACAUUUUAGUUUCAAAUCUUCAA